AAUGUCAAGUUCUCACUGAAUUGGAAAACCAAAUAACGAAGGGGUAAAAGGAGAAUUAGGGUUUUGAUUUGGGAGGGAAAAAUCACAUUUCUAAAAUCCUCAACUUCAGAGUUCCAGAACCUUCACCUCAACUCGCCACCACCACCACAACCAGAUAUUAACUCUACUUCCUGAAAUAUAUAAUAUAAUAACAUGAGCACCACAGUGCAAAGAACUCCAAGGUCCGGCAGGCAAUCAUUGUUUUACCAGGAUUUAGCCUCCCCUAUUUCCGGUCGCCGGGGAAAGUUUUCUAGUCCGGGCCAGUCAGGCGCAUCUUCAUCUCUAUGGCGUGAAAACUUUGGUAAUUCAGACCUUCCUCCGCCUCCUGUUUUUACCUUGGAAGACAGAUUGGACCUUUCUCCUGAAUCAGGGAUACUGGAUUACCAAGUAUCUCCCGAGACUAAGUCGGAGAACAAAACUCCUGUGCAGAAUUUAAAUAGAGAGUUUUCGACUCCAGCUAAAGGCAAAUCUGAGGCCAGCACAUCUUAUGCUUUAAGAGGGGUGCAGCAAAACCAACAGGGCUCGCCAGGUUUGAAUUGGUGGUCACCUGCAACUGCAAAGAGUGGUGGUGAUCAAGACGAGAAAGGAAGGAGUUCUCCAGUUGAGGGGGUGGUUCAGCCUGGUGCUUUGAUUACUCUUCCUCCACCGCUAGAAGUAGCAAGGCCUGAGGUUCAGAGAAAUUCCUUGCCUGCAGGGAAUCUCAAUGAGGAAGAAUGGGUAACAGUAUAUGGAUUUUCUCCAUAUGAUACUAAUUUGGUUUUAAGGGAGUUUGAAAAAUGUGGUGAAAUUUUGAAACAUGUUUCUGGUCCUAGAGAGGCUAACUGGAUGCACAUUUUGUAUCAGAAUCGAUCUGGUGCACAAAAAGCUCUUAACAAGAAUGGAAUACAAAUUAACGGAGUCCUAAUUAUUGGUGUGAAACCCUUAGAUCCCAUGCAACGACAAGCUUUAAAUGAAAGAUUGAACAAUCAAGGAUUUACGCCCUUACCUCUACCCUCUGCUAGAAACUCAGAAGCAAGCACAUCAAAUGCUCUUUCUCGGCCAUAUUAUCUGAAGAACGGCAACACAACUACAAGGCAGACCGGAGGUACCCUUGCUUCCCCAACAAAAUCAUUGGCGUCCAAGAUCAUGGACUUGAUGUUUGGAGUCUAGAUCAGCCGUUCUGGUCAAUCAAACUUUAUCAUCCUGUUUUGUUAUAAGCAAUAUUUUACUCGGUUAUUCACACCCUCUAAAGAGGUUCGGCGUGUUAUGCCUUUUGGAUUUGAGUUGGAAUAUUUACUCAUUUAAUUGGAUUUUAUGGCAUCUUAGCAUUGCAAUCUUAUGAAUGGCUACUUAGUCGCCAAACGUUUUGAGAAAUGGGUUCAUAGUUUAUUGAUACAGGUUGAUCAUUGUUUAAGUCUGAUCAUUGUGCAGGCACUUCAGAUUUUGGACAGAAUUGAAUGUAAUGUUGAUUUGUUUGAUUGUUUAUCUUACUUUCAUUUUUGUUUUUGAC